AUGCGUCACUUGUACUUGUGUGUCUAUUUACUGGAUGACAGUUUUACCGUCGAUUUCGACGAUAUCCACCACGAGCCUCAGCAAGCUGAGGAAACGCAGCGACUGUGGCUGAAUUACAGUGAAAGUAGACUCGCCGGAUCUGCCCCACUCUGUCACCACGCCCACGCCGGCGCCUACGCACUCGGCCCGGAAGGACCCAGACAAAAGGACCACGCUCUGCCAUACAUUAAAAACAUCUCAGAAGCAACCGAUCGCAUCGCUGCGGGACCCGGUUUUGGAAUUUCACGCAGCCCCAAAGAUACGAUACGCAGCAGGGUAAUAAAAAACCCAGCUGAAUCCCAAUGA